UGUCGUCGGGUCCGGGAGUCGAACCCGCGACGGCCGCGUCGAGGACUGAAGGCCUCCAAAUACGGGUCGGGCUAACCGCUACGCCACCAUGGCACGCCCCGUGUGUAAAUUAAUGUCCGUCCCACAUCAGCAGCUUCGGCAGCCGCUGUUUUGGUAGAAACUGCUGACGCUGCACAUUUUCUGAACAGACAAAACUUUCCUGUCCUCAUUUUCUGUAAAUUAGGAACAUAGCAUCAUUUUUCUUCAUGCUUUAUUCAGAAUAUAAAGAGUUGUGGAAAAAAUAGUGAUUGCAGACGCUGUGGUUUUAUUUGAACACCACUGUGUGCUGCUGUUAGCAUGCUAAGGCGGCUAAAGACAGUUAGCCUGGUUACUGUGCAUAAAAAACAGAAAAAAUAUUUUUAAUCCUCAAAGGAAAUCUGUUUAAAUCUGAUUGGAUUUGAUGGAUCAAUAAAUAUAUGAGCUAACUGUUAGCAUUAGAAUAUCAUCCAUGUUUGGCUACUAGCAUAUUAUUGCUAAUUAGCUUAACGGCUAAAUUGAUCUCUAUUUUCUUCAUAAUAAAUUUUGUUUCCAGCAACUGAGAAAUAUUUGAUGAAGCAAAAUGAAAACUUCAGUUAGUUUUAAUAAUUUUUAAAAAUAUUUUCUAGGUAUGUGGGGAUAAAACCUUUUUUUGUUCUGGAGGUCUGUGGAGAAACGUUAAAGAUUUCAUGAUCCAGUUUUGAGUUCACAGUGUGUUUGUUAGCAAAAAAUGUAAGAAGUGCUUUUCCUUUGAACAGCACCACAUGUUGCUGUUAGCUCAAUAAAAUGGCUGCAGACAGUUAGCCUGUUAGCCUGUUAGCUUGUUAGCCUGGACACAGAGUUUAAAGUGAGGAAAAAUCUACUAUUUUCAAUCUUCAAGUAAAAUCUGAUUAAAUCCAGUUUGAUGUGAUCUCCAAGUUCAAUCUUUUAGAGUAAAUACAUUAGCUAACAAUUAGCCUUACAGCCUCAUCAAUGCUUUGGCUAGUACCAUGUUAUUGUUACUAGCUUAGCGGCUAAGUUAAUCUGGCUAACUAAAUGCAACAUUUCCAGGAACAGAGAAAGAUUUGAUAAAACAAAAUAAAAACUUUAGUUUGUUCCAGUAAUUUUAUAAACGUUGCAACAAUAAAACAUUUUCUUUGCUCAGGUCUGAGAGUGAAAGUAAAGUUAGAAACCAGUUUUGGUCUGAUGAGUCUUAAACGUCACAUUGUGUGUAAAGGAAUUGGAAAAGUUUUGUGUGUUUUCUUAUCAAGCGUCGCUGCAGGAGUCAGAGAAAUAUGAGGCAUGAAGAAGUUCAGUAAAUGUUCUGUAGAACAUCUUGGUGCUGGUUCUGUAGAACAUCUCUGGGCUGAAGAGGCUGAGCUGAUGCUUCAGAAGCGGCGCGGCGGCGUCUGGCUCUGUUAUGGUUUCAUUUCCUCCCGCCGCCUGAACUUGCUCCUCAUUCCUCCUCAGCGUCUUCAUCUCCUCUGAUCCGCCUCAACCAGCUGCAGCUCACAGAAACUAUUUCUAUAAAACCUGUUUCUGCCGUUAACAUCGUGACUCUUUAAUGUGCAGGAAGAGACUCAGCGCUACUGAAGAACCAAACGCUUUAACUUCAUCUGAAACAGAUUGUAAACUUUAUUCAUUGGUUCAUUUUUUAACAAAGUUAAUAAAGAUUAACAGAAAAAAGAGUCACCUGCAUGUCGUCUAACAGUUUCUAGCUGAAAUUCAGUCCAGAUGUUACAACAUUACGGCCAGAGUAGGAGAAUAUUUCUGUAAAUAGCGAGAAGAAAUGUAGAAUAUUAGGAUAAAUAUUCAGUGAAUGUUCACCGACUGAGAGGCUUCAACAUCAUUCUGCUGUUAAAUGUUUCCUCUCCAAGCCCUGCAGAUAGAGCCAGUUCUGAUCCGGUUCUGAUCCGAUUCUGGUCCGGUUCUGGUCCGGUUCUGGUUCUGAUCUGUUUCUGGUCCGGUUCUGGUCCGGUUGUGAAAGUGAAGAGGAGUAAAAAUCCUCAACAUCUCAGGCGACUGAAACAUUUUGGAAAAAUUCAGGAUUUAAUUGAUAAAUAAAAUUCAAUGAAAUCUUUUUUCCACCAACGUAUCCUUCCACCAAUCAGGUUCCUCAGCAGCUGCUCCUUCUACAGAUUUACUCAUAUUUACAGGUCGCACUACUUUAACAAGACUUAUUUCUUUAUUCCUGCUCUGUCUUCUGGAACCGGAGAACGCCCUCGGUUCUGGAUUAAACCAUCAGCUCAAAGGAAAACCUCGGAAAAAACCUGGAAAACUACAGAUUUUAAAUAUUUACAGGAAUAAUUCCCAGAGUCUGAAAUGAAAUCUUCUGAUCAGUGGAAGAAUACGUUCGUCAAAACGACUGAGAAAAUAGAUCCUAAACAGAAACAGAGUAAGAAUGAUAAAAAUAAGAUUUAUUUGAGAUUCAUUUGGUUUUAGAUUUUUAAGAAAAAUCUGUAUUAAUGUGUAGGGUCUAUUUUGUUAUCCAGAAAACAUCAGUGUUUCUCUGCGUAUCCUUCCACUGAGCAGGACUAGUUUUCUAUGAGUUGGACGUCCUGCAGCUGCUUGUGUGAGGAUUUCUGUAGAAAACAUGGAGAAACGUUUCACUGCUUGACUUUUACGUCACAUAUUUAUUUAAUUUUCUCUGCUUCCUGAGCCGAAGGACGCCUCGCCGCCGCCGCCGCCGCCAGCUUCAUCUCCACACAGACAAACGGCUCGUCUUCACUCUGCUGGAUCGUCAGAUCCAGUUUCUCUCUGUUGUUUGUGGAUCAUAAAUCAGGACCAGAACCGGGACCGGUUCCUUCCCGCUCCAGAAUAAUUGCGUUCAAUGUAAACAUCUCUCUCUCUCUGCGCGUGUCGGGGCGAUCGGGCCUGACGAGGUGAUAAUGUGAAAACAAAGCGUGUUAAAUCCAGCGGCGACCCCGUGACCCCGCUCUGCCGCCUCACAGCUCUUUUGCUGCUCUGGUUUCGCUGCUGGUGAUUUACAGUAACCUGUUAUGAAGCAGCCUGACAUGUUGAGGCUCCGGCUGUGAGCAGUUUCAUCGAGCGGUUUCAUCGAGCGGUUUCAUCGAACGGUUUCAUCGAACGGUUUCAUCGAGAGGUUUCAUCGAGAGGUUUCAUCGAGAGGUUUCAUCGAACGGUUUCAUCGAACGGUUUCAUCGAGCGGUUUCAUCGAGCGGUUUCAUCGAGCGGUUGGUUUCAUCGAACGGUUUCAUCGAACGGUUUCAUCGAGCGGUUUCAUCGAGCGGUUUCAUCGAGAGGUUUCAUCGAGAGGUUUCAUCGAGAGGUUUCAUCGAGCGGUUUCAUCGAGCGGUUUCAUCGAACGGUUUCAUCGAGAGGUUUUAUCGAACGGUUUCAUCGAAUGGUUUCAUCGAGCGGUUUCAUCGAGCGGUUGGUUUCAUCGAAUGGUUUCAUCGAGCGGUUUCAUCGAGCGGUUGGUUUCAUCGAACGGUUUCAUCGAGCGGUUUCAUCGAGCGGUUUCAUCGAGAGGUUUCAUCGAGAGGUUUCAUCGAGCGGUUUCAUCGAGCGGUUUCAUCGAGCGGUUUCAUCGAGCGGUUGGUUUCAUCGAGCGGUUUCAUCGAACGGUUUCAUCGAGCGGUUUCAUCGAACGGUUUCAUCGAGAGGUUUCAUCGAACGGUUUCAUCGAACGGUUUCAUCGAGCGGUUUCAUCGAACGGUUUCAUCGAGAGGUUUCAUCGAGCGGUUUCAUCGAACGGUUUCAUCGAACGGUUUCAUCGAGCGGUUUCAUCGAGCGGUUUCAUCGAGCGGUUUCAUCGAACGGUUUCAUCGAGAGGUUUUAUCGAACGGUUUCAUCGAAUGGUUUCAUCGAGCGGUUUCAUGGAGCGGUUGGUUUCAUCGAAUGGUUUCAUCGAGCGGUUUCAUCGAGCGGUUGGUUUCAUCGAACGGUUUCAUCGAGCGGUUUCAUCGAGCGGUUUCAUCGAGAGGUUUCAUCGAGAGGUUUCAUCGAGCGGUUUCAUCGAGCGGUUUCAUCGAACGGUUUCAUCGAGAGGUUUCAUCGAACGGUUUCAUCGAGCGGUUUCAUCGAACGGUUUCAUCGAGCGGUUUCAUCGAGCGGUUUCAUCGAGAGGUUUCAUCGAGAGGUUUCAUCGAGCGGUUUCAUCGAGCGGUUUCAUCGAGCGGUUUCAUCGAGCGGUUUCAUCGAACGGUUUCAUCGAACGGUUUCAUCGAGCGGUUUCAUCGAACGGUUUCAUCGAGAGGUUUCAUCGAACGGUUUCAUCGAGAGGUUUCAUCGAGAGGUUUCAUCGAGAGGUUUCAUCGAGAGGUUUCAUCGAACGGUUUCAUCGAGAGGUUUCAUCGAGCGGUUUCAUCGAGCGGUUUCAUCGAGAGGUUUCAUCGAACGGUUUCAUCGAACGGUUUCAUCGAGCGGUUUCAUCGAACGGUUUCAUCGAGAGGUUUCAUCGAACGGUUUCAUCGAGAGGUUUCAUCGAGAGGUUUCAUCGAGAGGUUUCAUCGAACGGUUUCAUCGAGCGGUUGGUUUCAUCGAGCGGUUGGUUUCAUCGAACCCAGGAUUCUCCUGCGGCGGACCGGAGCGACGCCGUCAGGGAACCAGCCUGCUGCUGUACGAAGUGAACCUGCAGGAGAGAGGUUCUAACAAUGCAGUGGGAGUUGCCAUAGUAACCACGGUUGCCAUGGCAACUCCCACCCUGUCCCAUGGAGCAGCAGCUAGCUGGAGACCAGAUCACCUUAAAUGCAGUUUUUCUACUUUUUUGCUUUUUUCUCUGUCUAAAAGUGAAAGUAACUAUAUGAAUUUUUUUCCUGUUAAUUUUAUCUUUUUGUUGCAUCUUUUAAUCUCAAAGAUCAAAAAAACAAAAUAAAUAAAUAACAUUGUAGAAACACAAGCCUAGAUCCAACCUGAACAAACCUGACCAUGAUUUUCUUUUUUUUUUCUUCACUAAAAUAGAUUUUAAAGAAAAACAAAAAAUAAAAAUAUCUCAGGGAAUUUAUAAAUGAAUACAAUUUCUUGCUAACGUCACCAACCAGUUUUAAACCAGUCAGUAACUUCAGUCCUUCUGAAGAGCUGAGAUACCAGAAAAUCAGUUUUACGUUUUGAAAUCAGAUCUUUGACUAACCGGAAAAUUCAGGAAAUGCAGGGCGGGAAUCGUCAUAGUAACCACGGUUGCUAUGGCGAUUGUCCCACGGUUAGAAUAAUCCACACUUCAAACCGUCACUAGGAGAGUUUAGAGUUUAUUUGAUAUGAAUCGUUUCUGUCUCCAUUAGAUAAUUAUUGAUUUAAUGUGUUUUUCAUGAAAAUUGUUUUUAUAAUUUCGAGAAGUGAAAUGAUUGUUAAACUGAGAACCAAUCAGAGCUGAGGUCUGACGGCGGUGAAGGAGAAUCAAGAUGGAGAACAAUGUCAGGGUGAAGACGAUGAUGAAGAUAAAAAC